UCUUUACGCCUCAUUAGUUCAUUAGAUCAGAUAAAAAAUUAUUCCAAAGAAUUUGCAUGUUAAAUAAUGCGUGCUAAAGAAUGAUAAUCGGUAACUGGUUCAGUUUUUUGAGAACAGAAUUGAUUAUGAUUAUGAUUAGAGAAGCGCUGACUAAGAAUAUAUCAGCGUUUUCUUGAUAUCGAUCACUCGACAAAAUCCACUAAAAAGUUGUAAGAACUUCGUGGAAAGAGAAAUAACUUUUCGAGUGAUAAUACAGAAGGGAGAACUUGUCUCGUUUAGAAUCCUCCAGCAUUCCCUCUUUUCCUUUUUCCGAGCUUUUUCGGACAGAAAUAGCCUGUUACACAGCACCGUUCUGUAGAAAAAGUGCUUUUGUGAAACACAACGUUAGCGAAAACCUUUGCUUUAUUUAUACACAGACAAGAUUAUUUGCAUUGCAUGACAUGCGUCAUUUUCGUCAAUUAAAAUUUUCUCAAAAAAUUUGAAUUUCGUUUAAUCCGGUCUCAAAAUUCCGAAGCUUUGAAGGUAAAAAGCCGCCAAAUUGUAGUACUUGAUCAAAUAUCGCGCAAAACUGAGUAACAAAACACCUGAAAGCUCGCGUACAAGAAGGCAGUCGUUGUUGACGAAAAAUCGAAUCGCAUUUUUCCUUGACAACUUUCACAUGUUGACAUGAACGUAAGGGAACGUCUGAAAGAGGCAUAUGAGAGCGUUUCUUUCAGUGCCGAUAGAACCUGGGCAAGCGUGCCAACGGCAUUCCACGCGUGUAACUUGGAUUUGCACUUGACUGAAAAGGUCCUGCAAAGUCAGAAGUUGCAUCGAUUUCGGCCUCGCACCGUCAGAGAGGCGAUUCCGAAGAGCAGAUUGGCUCAGUAUGUGAAUUGCGUCUACAAUGAGUCGAGGGAAAUGUCAUACGCUGCGAACAGUGCCCUUAAUGAAACACUCGCACAGAGUGGAGAACCGACGGAAGCCUGGGAGAUGCCCGAAGUGAGGGAGCUGUACAAGUGGUUCUUGAAACAGCCUGAAGAUGAUUUUUACAGAGUUGACAGACGGUAUGAAUCGCCGUUGCUCAACGUCAAAGGCUUCGAAGACAAGAUUUUGAAAAUACAAAUCACCGAAGACAGAGUUAAAAAUAUCUGGAACAGCGAUUUUUACCAAAUCGGUGAACCCCGCAUUAAAAACGAGCAAAUCAUAGUUAAUUUCUUUACGUCCCCGAUGAGCAACGUGUUUCUUUUCGACAAUGAGACAGGGUAUGACUACGAGUGGUUCCGGCACAUCUCCCUUACCAAAGAUUUUGACCAAUUGGAGCAACUGUCAACCUCAUUUAAGGACCAGAUUAAUUCGAUAGCAAAGUUUAUGAGUAGUAGCAACGAGCCUCCACCUCCAAGCGAGCCAAUCUCAACUGAAAUUUUAUACUCGGAGGUGCUCCAAGGUCUAUCGCCCAGUCGCAAGCUUUUAUCUUCGUUCAAAUGCGAUCACAAUAACAAGGACGAAACGUCGUCAACUAGCCAGGAAAGCUUCACAAACUACACGAUUUUGAACCAGAAAGCGGGGCAAGAAGACGGGAAGCAAGCCAGGCAUUAUAAGCCAAGUCAAGUGGAUUCAGUUCAGCGCAAUACGCGGGCUAGUGUCCACCCUUGCGUGCAACAAGCGUAUUUUUACUCGCCGGCUGUCCAACGGUGGAGUUAUUACCCCACGCAGGUUUUUACGUCCAGUUGGGUUGCACAAAGUCCGGUGGUUAACCGACUUUUCGGGGCUUCACCGGUUACUAUCGCCUCCGAAAGCGAGAACCAGGUGGAAGGGGAGGAGCACCAAGUCUCGACGAGUAUUUCCGAAGAGUUGGAAAUACAAGCCUUGGAGCAGUACAGCAACUCGAACGAGAAUUUUUACCAAGAGUUGGAGAGGCAAGCGGCUGAGCAGUACGCGAACUCGCCCGAAUAAUUUUUUAACCUAAUUGUUAAGCAAUAAAUAGUAGGAAGUAAAAUGUU